AUGCAGCCAGUAGAGAUGAUGCCAAAGCCGCGUCCGAGGCAGGUCUUCUCCGCAAAUCCCACUCGGUUGUCGUUGGACAACAGGUGCGGGUGA